CAUUCUCACAUGCUACUCUUUCACACUCUCUCCAUCUCUAUUUGCUUCUUACUUACAGGCACAGUGGUCAUGCUUCAUUCUCUCUCUCUUUCUCUCUCUCUCUCUCUCUCUCUCUCUCUCUCUCUCCUUCGCUUGUCUGCUUUCGUUUACAUAUUUCUUCAUCAAACUGACUGUUUUUAGUGCAAGUCAAACCGCAUUCGCCUGAUUUUGGUGAGGGGACAUUUGGAUGCGGGACACAGCGUGUUUUUGCGGUGAUCUCACCUCACGGCUCACUACCUCGCGGAGGGGUUUUAAAAAGGGGGUCCUGCUCCAUCCUGGAGUUUCGAGGAUCUAUCGAUUAUCCUGUUUGCUGCCUGCCGAGUGUUUUGCCGGAGCCCUGGAGUCUGUUAGCUGUGCAUAGCUGUGCAUCCCCUGCGGUGCACGCUGACUGCUUUUAUAGUUUCGGAGGUCGAAGAAAUCCCCCUCUGCCCAUCCUGAGGACGAACACAGCAGAGGGUCAGCAGAGGACAGAAAGGAUAAAAAAGACGAGUGAAGAGCGAAAGAGCACAUUAUUAUUAUUUGCUUUGAAGAUCAGCUAACUGUUGAGAGAGAGUUUUAAAGCAAGACCUCUGGUUCAUUGAAGGUGACUCUUCCACUUUUGAGAUCUGAUCAAGAUCACUUGGAACUUCCAGGAUAAUCCUGAUUCUCAAAGCCAGUUGUUUCACAGCCCGGAACCAUGCAGGUGUCUUUCGCAUGUACGGAUCACGGACUAAAGGCCCCGCGCCCCAGCGAGCCGAACAAGCAGAACACGUCGAGUCCGAACACGGCCAGUGCGGCACGGGCACGGUUUCGAACGGUGGCGCUGAUCGCCCGCAGUCUGGGCACUUUCACGCACAGACACCACAUUUCCCUGAAAGAGUCCACCGGAAAACUCACAGGCAUGAAGUACAGGAAUCUUGGGAAGUCAGGAUUGCGAGUUUCAUGUCUUGGACUUGGCACGUGGGUGACAUUUGGAGGGCAGAUUUCAGACGAGGUGGCAGAGCAGCUGAUGACUAUAGCUUAUGAAAAUGGCGUCAACCUCUUCGAUACUGCAGAGGUCUAUUCGGCAGGAAAAGCAGAAAUCAUCCUAGGAAACAUUAUCAAGAAGAAGUGUUGGAGGAGAUCCAGUCUGGUCAUUACCACCAAACUGUACUGGGGAGGAAAGGCAGAAACAGAGCGUGGACUCUCAAGAAAGCACAUUAUAGAAGGUCUAAAGGGUUCUUUGCAGAGGUUACAACUGGAGUAUGUGGACGUGGUUUUUGCUAAUCGUCCUGACAGUAACACACCUAUGGAGGAGAUAGUGAGAGCAAUGACUCAUGUUAUUAACCACGGUAUGUCCAUGUACUGGGGAACAUCACGCUGGUCAGCGAUGGAGAUCAUGGAGGCGUACUCUGUAGCAAGGCAGUUUAAUCUUAUUCCUCCUGUUUGUGAACAGGCAGAGUAUCAUUUAUUCCAGAGGGAUAAAGUAGAGAUGCAGCUGCCUGAGCUUUACCAUAAAAUAGGGGUUGGUGUUGUAUCAUGGUCUCCGCUGGCCUGUGGUAUCAUCACAGGAAAGUAUGAGAACGGCAUCCCAGAAUCCUCCAGGGCAUCUCUGAAGUCGUACCAGUGGCUGAAGGAGAAGAUUUUGAGUGAUGAUGGCAGAAAGCAGCAGGCAAAGCUCAAGGAACUGACCCACAUUGCUGAGAAGCUCAGCUGUACGCUGCCACAGCUUGCCAUCGCCUGGUGCCUACGUAACGAAGGAGUUAGCUCGGUUCUCUUGGGGACCUCCAACCCUGCACAACUCACUGAGAACUUGGGUGCAAUUCAGGUUCUUCCAAAGAUCACCCCUAACGUGGCCUCGGACAUCGACAAACUUCUGGGUAACCGUCCCCACAGUAAAAAAGACUACCAUCAUUAGGCCUUUCUGUGAAUCCGUAUGCCUUGCGACUCAGGAUCCCGCGCCAGCCCUCUUGUGUCAGCGGGUGUCCCACCAUCGUGUGUCUACUGUAUCUGAACCUCUUCUUCAGAGAUCCAUCGUUGCUGUUACCGUAGAAAUGCUAAAGUGUUAUGCAUGCUUCUGUUCAACCCAGACCUGAGCUCAAUCUUGUGUAAAGAUCUCUGUGUAGACACACCUAAAAAAUUGAAGCACAGAAGUGACUGGACACCUUGGUCCGUGAAAUUAUGCAUUCAGAUAUUCAUCACCCUUACGUGCCAAAGUAAACCCUGGUCUUGACCCUUGACCUCUGGACAUGCAAUCUGAAAAGGACAGAGGUAAAGGGAUGAAAUGACGGACUCUUAUAAACAGUGUAUGUGAGCGAUGUGGAAGUGCUUUUUAUUAAAGUAUGGCACUCUCACCAGUCUCUCGGUGAUCAUUCCUUCGUAAGCAUAGAGUAUAGUGUCUCUUCGAUUCGUUCACAUACUUUGCUUAUAAUUGGUCUUGCUUACUAUAAAAGAACACAAUGUAGGUGACGUGAGGUAAAAUAAAUAAUUUGCAUAUCAUGCUGAGAAUGUAAAAAUGAAAAACUGUGAUGUAUGACAGCCAGCAUGUAGAGUUGCGUGCAAGCUGUGUGGAUUGGUGAACAAAAACGUGUUGGAGUUAAAGCCAUCAGCAGCGUAUUCGGCUGUUAUUGUGUUACAUGUUCUGCAUUUUUGUCUCAAACGUCUCUAAAGAGCACAAUACUGUGUAUGUUAAUCCCUGAUAUUUGCGAUGUGUAAUUUGUUCCAUGAUUUUCUUUAUUCCCACUGGUCUUGAUGAUUAUUAUAAGUAACAUAGUUUGUAUUAUGCUUUUUUUAGUGAUACAAGCGUUUUACUGUAUUCAAUGACACUGGUUAAAGACAUGCUUGCUGCUGUAUUUGUAUUUCAACUGCUAAGCAGUAAAUACAAAAGGGUGAUAGUUAUCCAGUCCAAUACAGAUGAGGUCAAAAUGUUUACAAACUUGAAAAUGAGGCUGUUAUUUAUUGCAUUGUGCAGAGUGCUUUAUCAUCAAAAUAAAAUGUGCAUCUCA